AUGGUCGAUCUUGAAGUUUAUGGCACUUAUGAUCGCAGAUUAUAUGAUCUUAGUCACAUUUUGGAUGCUAAUAUUAAGGCGAUUAUUGCAUCGUUAGUUAACACUCAAGAGAUAAUUCAAACACCAUCGGUUACAACCUCAGCAGAUUUACAAGCAAAGGUAGGAUAUCCGUCAGUAAACACUGAUAGUUCAUGUCUAGCUGAUAUGAAGCUAAAUACUGCCAGUACCUCAGCGUUUGAAUCAUCGGAUACUUCUACAACAUCUCCUCACAGUUUGUUAGACUUGCAACAACGCCAAGAUGUCUUUCUGCAUUAUUUUUCGUCUGUCCUAAAUAAAAAUGAAGAUAUUAUAGGCAAUAGUCAAUAUGCUAAAAUAUGGGAUUUCGGUAACCAUUCUAUAUAUUACGCUACUCAGUACCCGUUUCUAUCGGGGAAUGAUAAUGAAAAUAAAGACAGUCAAGGCAAUAGCCAAUUUGCUAAAAUACGGGAUUUCGGCUGUCAUUCUAUCUAUCAUGAUACUCAUCAUCCGUUGUUAUCGGGAAAUAGUAUCUAUAUUCUCGUAUUUAAUAUUACUCAAAAUAUUAACGAUAAGGUCAAGAUCACAUAA